AACUUUGUUUUAAAAUGGCGGCGGAACCAUCGAGACAGGUAUGAAAUAUAAACGAUGCCGGAUAAACUUAAGACAGGUGUUAAUUUGUAUACUUUCUAAGUGUAGAGGAAGUUUAAUCCCCCCUGUAGCGAUGCUGUAGAAGCGGAAAUUACCGCUUGAAUUUUAAGUAUUUUUUGUUGCACUUGAGGAAGCACUGUUGAAUCAGAGAGUAACGUCAGCAGCGCGUGCACUCUUCUGCGAGUCAGUCCGGUUGGACGUGCUGUUUGUGUUUACCUGCCUCUACGGGUGAGUAUAUUUGCUUAAAUCCCGAUGAAAGACCUAACUCUGGAGCUGUCUGUGUGCACAAAGCUGCGUUGAGGAGGCAGGGAGGUGAUGGUGGACUGGCUCUAACUCACAGCAUCACCAUGGACCGCCCCGGCCAGCGGCAGAUACCUGCCACCCACCUGUAGCAUCAGCAUGGCGAACACGACCCACGGAACCGAGAGCCGGAGAGACAGCCACUGUGGUAGGUAGCUAACACCAGCUGUCACAGGUUUCCCUCUGUUUAACGCACAGACAACAUGAACUCUGCCCCAGUGCUGUGAUGCUGUUCUCCCUCUACGCCAAACCGCAUUUAAGAAAAUGUUAAAUUAUCAACAUCCUCCAAUAUUUUUCUGUAAAAGCCACGUUGUCACGAGAUAAUACAUUUUUAAUAUGAAUUUAAAUCAGUCUUCAAUUCGGCAUUCACACAACACACGAAAACGCAAAAUAAAAAAAGGAAAAAAUAUAUAUAUAAACCAAUAACCGCAUAAACUAUUUUAGCAGCUUGUUAAGUGAUUUGGACCAAAAUUAGUGCAACAUAUUGAUUAAACAAGUAUUAAAAAAGCCACAUUUAAUUCCACUUAAGAGCUAUUAAGGUACAUUCAUCUUUAAAUAUUUGACUCAUAUCUUAAUCCGGACACUCAGUAUAAAAAAAUAAUUUGUUCUGGUAGUUAAAACUUGUCUUAAAGUUAGCAUUUACUUUAAACACAUUGAAAAAUUUCCCAAACAUACUUCAUUUUACAUUUGUUGUGCAUUUUUCAUUUUCAUCACGGUUGUUUCAGCUUGAAUUUAUUGCACUGUUCAUACCAAAUACAUGUAAUUGUUUAACUAAAUUUAAGUUUAAGCCAAAUGAAUUCUUUAAUAUCGUAUUGAUUCAGAAUUAACAAAAUAAUGAUGUAUUUUACGGACAAUCCUGAUUCAGCACAAAUUAGUUACAAAAAAUAGAAAAUGUUGCUGACUCGAUUGAAGUAUUUAUAAUUGAAGUACUUAUGAGCAGAUAGUUUUCUGCUUUGAAUUGGGUGAUAUCAUUAAAUCUUUGGUGCACUCAGUAAGAGAGCUGACCUGAAAUGAGGCUCAAAGAUGUAUAUGGGCCAGAAAACCAGAGCUGACUUAAAUAGUUUUGAUGUCAUGUGCUCUGUAUUAUGUUCAUUACGCAUUCCAGUCUUUGGCUGCUGCUGAGGUUUUUUUUUGUUUUUUUUUUUGGCCCAGUGGAAACUAUGUAGCCAAAUAAAUUUAGCAUUUCCAGCAUGUCAUAAUUAUUGAGUUAUUAUGCAUAACCUGAAAUAGGCAUUUCCUAUCAUGCAGAUUAAUAUAAUAUAAUACCUUACAGGGUGAGAUUCAUGCGUGCCCUGUAAUGGGUGGAGUAGACAGAAACAACAACCUUGGUGGGGUAGAACAAGAGCAUGCAUGACUGUGCCGGUGUGGCUCCACACUUCACUGCUAAUGUUUUAAUGCUGAUUGAUUUCAAACCUGACAGGUGACUUUCAUUAAAAUCUUGUUCUUUUCAAACUUAGCGUCCAGCUCCCCAGCAGUGUGCUGAAGUAAUGAGUUUUCUCAGAGUGUGCCGUGUUGGUAACCUACGGUUGUAGAUUAUUUCCACAGUGGCACAGGAACGACCUGUUGCUGUGUUUUGGGACAAAGUCUACCAGCCAGGCUCACAUGACAGCCUGCAGGUCAGGGUUUAGAGCUCUCCAAGAACCCGGCUGAGCUUGAACCAUGACGAAAACAUUGUUUUUGCUUUGCGUGAGGGUUUGACUUCAAAAGUGUGUUCAGUUUAUAUCACUCUCAUUCACCUGUCUGCGUGCAAAAACAAUUUAUGGAGGAUUUAUUUCAUUCAGACUGUGACAAAGGGGGUCCAAAUGCCUCAAACCAUCAAAGUCAAGGGCUCGAUUAGUGCAGCCUGGGAGCUUAGACACACUAGCUUUAGCUUAGCCUCCCAGCUGGUGUUAAAGUAUGAAGUAGCCUUGCUGUGGCCCUGUUCACAUUACAGCACAGCCUCUUGUUACAGGCUGGUCACUAGGGGAUUAGUUUUCACCUCUAAAUGCUUCUGCACCAAUUUUCUCUGAUCUCAGCCUCAGUAAGCAGAAUCACUACACAUAAGUAUGUUAAGUCUAUUGGAUUCUCGCAGUUUUUAUUGAUUACUUUGAGUGUUUUUGCACAGGACUAGCAUAACCUGAGGCAACUUGUAAUUUGGGUUUUACUGCAGCAUUUGGUUGGAGGCUGAAAAAAAAGUGUAAGAACUGAACAAAAGGGGGGGGGUUAGCUGCCCUGGAAUACAACUCCUCAUGGAGAAGAAUUUAAAUGUUAUGUCAGAAAAAUGUGUAUGUUAUUAUUUUGAUUUAUGCUGUUUGUCCCUUUUUUGUCAUGAGGGACAGUUGCAAGAUCGUUGCAGGGGAUAGCCAAGGUUGCAAAAGGGUUGUGGGGUUUUGAAUCUACGGUUUCAAGAUUCACCAAAAAAGAUUUAAAACAUUAAAACUUGAAGUGCAGCAUUUUCAAAAAGCUGCAUGAAAAUAUAUGAGGUAAUAAGAUUCCCUGUCUGUAAGUGAUAAAUGUGAGAAAUCUUCUGUUUAAUCUGCAGGUGUGUAUGGAGGAGCCAUUGUGGAAAACGGCUGUGCUGUGAAAAACCUGUCUGCAUCCGACCCCUCCACUCAAACCAACAACCACUGCCAUGUUCCUAUCAUGCACAGUGAGCCCAUCCUCCCCGCUUACAUGCCAACCUGCUCUUCCACCCCCCUCUACUACAGCAGCCCCCAAAAGAGCUGCUCGGACCAGAACCAGGACUGCCACAGCUUGUCUUCUCAGGACUCAGGGAUCCCAACUCUGGAGAUCAACCCCCCAGAACCGAUCCUCCACCAGCGCUCAGGUGAUGGGGGCCUCAUCCUGGACUCAAACCAUGAUUCACCUGCAACCCUACCUUUGGACGAUGAUCCCUCUGACAGCAACACCAUCCGCAAGUCCUCCACCUUCCCUCGCAGUGGGUACGACUCUAUCCGCCUCUUUAGCCCCGCCCUCAGAUUGUCCACCACCACAGGGAUGACCAUUGGGGGCGGAGCCUUGAACCGCAGCGACGACAUCUCUGUGUGCAGCGUGUCGAGCAUGAGCACUGAGCUUUCUGUCUCCAACGAAGACAUCCUGGAUUUCACUGUGACCUCAGACUCCAGCGCCAUUGUUACCUUAGAGACCGACGUCAGCAACGCUGCCUCCUUCUCAGACGUGACCCUGUCGUCAUUAUCACCGGGAAACCCCAGAGACUUGUGGAGUCCAGGCUCAGGGGUUGCAGAACAGGAAGGGGAUGGAAGGCAGAAGAAACUGGGAUCACUAGCAAGUUUCUUCAACAAGUAAGUUAAGACACAGCUCAGUCCAUCAGCCUGUUAUAGGGGCCGGAUCUGGCGUGGGGGGCGGGGCUGAUGUAGGAGUCUUAAGAUCCUUACACACUGGGACCGUUUUUUACAUGCGAUUAUUUCGCACGUCAUUAUUUUUUUUCGAACCCGUAUCCUGUCGAUACAAGCGUUCACGAUAUUGCCGUUCUGCGAUAUUGCAGGAUUUAUUUUUUCGGAUUAUGGUCGAUUUUUUAAAGUUUUGCAUUCUGUAUGUCCACUUCUGAACAAUCAGAUUGCAUGUUGUUGCAACGUUUGAUUCACGGUAUAUCCAACAUGACCGACCGGGUUAUUGUUUACGUGUCGGAAACAGAGUGCUUUAUAGGUCAUAAAUCCCUCCUCCUCCAGCAAAAUUACACAGAAUUUAAUUAUUCUCCCCGCUGCUUGUGAUGUUGAUAUGUAGUUACUGUAAGACUGGUUUGUGCUCAAGUCCUCUUUUUUUCUGUUCAGCUUCAUAUUUAAAAGUUUUUAGGGGGUUCAUGUUUUCUAUGAUUGACACUUGACACAGCCAACAUGGGUGUACGAAGAUUGCGUAGCUCACCUGGGGAAUACGCUGUUUGAGCCAAGCGUCAUUACAGCGACUCUCGGCGACUCUCCCGCCGAAUGCGUACAAUACAAAGGCACUGUUGAGUCUGCCUAAAAUGCUUCGUAUUGGCUUUUUUCCCAGUGGUAUAAAAUUAGGGGUGUUACUUUUUACACAGCCCUGUUUACUCUGCAGUAAACAGGCCAGGUUUAACGUCAGCAAAGAAGUGAGUGUGAUCACGAGUUGGGGUGAGCUAACAUCACGUGUGAUUGUGCUAACCUGAGCUACAAACACUCCCCCAAGUUUCUUCAUUCAUCAACUUGAGAAAGAGUCCCUCCGUUACUGAUUGGCACACAUACUGUAGUUUCUGUUUGUUGCAAGAGUGACUUCUCAGUUCUCCGUGUGACGAUGCAUCUUCCUCUUACACAAAUAAAAGUGUAUUGAGGACAAAGCAGGCGGAGGAGGAGGACACGUUAUCCAGCCUUUAAAGUGUUAACAUGCCUUUUAAUCACCCUGUGAGUAAUUGCUUUGGUGUUUUGAUCAGAAAAGACCGUGUGCACAUUGUGUCUCAUGGAGUAUCAUUAGCCUGUGACUGCAGAAUAUUUGUAAAGUUGAAAUAAGGGACUUAAAGAUGAGCCAUGCAGCAGAAAUUACAUCUGCAGCUGCUGAUGUUCACUCUGUUGUCCAAUGCUCACGCAGACUUGACUCUGAGAAAUUCAUCACAAGGCUUUUGAGAAUAAAGGAUCAAACUCACAAAAGUAAAGUUGUUUUUUAACAGGAGAAAUAGAAACCCAUUUCAUUAGCACUCUGCGGUCACAUAUUCAUUUGCAUAGUACUGAUGGGCUUUUCUUGGCCAUAUUAACAUAAUGAUAAUGUUUGAGUUUAUUGUGCUGUAUGAAACCCCCCUGAGGUGUUUCUAAACUUGGAUUUAUUGUCAGCGGUCAAGUGAAGCCCCAAAAGAUUAACAUGUCGGCCUUUAAACUCCUGUGUUGUUACAUUCCCAUUUUAUUGAGCUCCAGAUUUCCUUUUAAUGAGCGGUGGAAAGGUUUUACAGCAGCUCGUCAACCUGUCACGUUUUUAAUUUUGGACGAGGCCUCUGGGAGUGAUUCCUGUAACAGCUGUAACAUAACGCCCGCUGCGCUGUUAUUUCUACGCGUGUGCGAGACUGAACGAGAGCCAAGCAUUUUGUCAAGGUUUGUGAGAGAGAGAUGCUUUUACGAUUGAAUAAAGAUGACUGUCAUUAUCAUUAAGCAGUUUGGUAAUGAAACGUGAAAACAAGGUUGUUAAACCGUCAACCCUCAUUGUGGGAUCAUUACAUAACAUUUGCACGAGUAGAAUAAAAUGUAAAACAGUGCCUUAGUACAUCCACUCUAUUAUCUUCUUAACUUCAUUUUCUCCACCUUCCUCUUUGUUUUUAAUGUGAAUCAACAUAGGAAACUUUGGCCUGCCGCUACCUCUACACACCAAUAUUUUCGUGACAAUUUCGUCAUCUGUUUAGCCUUCAUCUGCAUUUCUGACGGGGGUAGCACUCAUUUUCUUUUUUUCUCACUGACAGUGCUGUCGGCUUGACAUGCUAAAGUGCUAUGGUUGCGUGUAGCUGCAGUGCGGUGCAACCCGGAGCAACUUCUCUUUUCAUUGGCUAUUCGUAUAGUCUACUGAAACGUGGAAGAAUGCCGGCUAUCAAACAGGAUAUUGACCAUGUUUUAUACUGAUAUUGAGGAAAAUAAUUAUAUAGUAAUCGUUUUAUCGCCCAGCCCUACUCCUGAUGCAUGCCUUUUACAACUGUACUCAGUGUUGUGGAUUGAAUUAGUGUACACUGUAUUAUAAGUGCCCAGUGUGAUAUUUUCAGUCGGGUUUGAAAUCUCUGGCGGCACCGAUUUGUGGCAGGGUGGAAAACCUUGUGUGUGUGUGUGUGUUUGUGUGUGUGUGUGUUUGACUUGGUCUGAGUGUGUUUGCAUUUGAAGCUCCUGCCUCAUGGUUACAUGCCCUGCUCCUCGUAUCCUGACAAUGUGAAAUCACACGCUUGGAUACCAAUAUGAAGCCUCUACAGAGAUUGAUGUGUAAAUACAGAGGAGCAGCGAUUGCACCAAGUGGUAAAUAUCUAGGACGGCUGGUUUUAGCCGUGUUGAGCCAUCAGUUGUUUCAAAAGUCAUGUGAGGAGUUUGUAACAGGUUGUGAAACAGAUGGAGGUCGAUACUGAUGCCUGUUUAUGACCUACAAAAACAAACAAGACCAUUAGCAAAAACACUGAUACUUUCUGUGUCCUUGUUUUUUUAUGUGAAACUGCAGAGAAGGGGUAGGGGUAGACUAGAUGAUUGACAGCAUGCCCCACAAUCUGUUUUUAUGUUUUAAAUGGCAAAUAAUCACAACGAGCGACACAUUUGACUCUUACAAGACAGGAGAGUGAGACUUUUUGUUGGAAAAUACCAUCUCUGUAUUAAGAAAAGUAACAACAGGGGCAAAAUGGACUCCAAAUUCCUCUCAAAGUGAAUUUCUGCAGAUGUGACCUACUAACGGUAUCUUUAAACGUUUAAAAAAACUGCUCUUAAAUGAUGGCAUCUUAAAGCCUCUUUAUGUAGAGCUGGGCGAUAUGGCCUCAAAUCAAUAUCACGAUAUACUGAGCAGUUUACCUCGAUAAUGGACGAUAACUACUUCACAAGCUGCUCAUCCCCUCCCACAUUAACUUCGUCUACUCCAGCCACUACGACUUUUGAACCGUCCUCCAUCUCCUCACCUGUCUUUCCCUCUUUGUCACAGACUGGAUGUGGUGAAGUCACGUCUCCUUUGUAGAACAGCAUCUUACAGGGACAUGGGACCAGAGCCUACCUACACACAUCCAAAACCAACUUUUAUUCAUUUAUUUUUUUGACAACGAAUAUACUAAUAUGGGCAAAAUGACGUUGGUUCUUGUAAGUUUUGGUAUCGGUAAAUUUUAGGAUUAUCUCCCACCUCUACCUGUAUGUAACUUUCUCUCUGUCUUGACUUUGGUGCCCCUUGUGGACAAAACAAUAACCCUAAUGUUGUUGCUAAUGUGGUGUUUAUUGACAAAAAUGAUCCCUCUCUUGUCAUUUUACUGGGAAAUUUGUGACUCAAUGUGACUGUUUGCUUCUCACAGGAGCUUUAAAUCGAAAGAGCAAGCUGGCCCGUGGGCAUUAUAGUACACAUCUACACUUUUGGUUACUUUUGGCUUUGUUAAAUUGUUGGAUUUUAUCAAAUGCAAGAAACAAUGGCAACAAUGCAUUAUCAGCAUCUUAUAUCAGCCGCUAGCCAACCUGCUCUGUUAUAAUCAGCUCUGGAAAACCUGCAGCCUCCAGUUUUUUUAUCGUAGCAGACUUGUUUGAGUGUUCACUGGAGAAAAAGUGACUCUGCUUUGAUUUAAGUCCUAAAACCUGGUGGAAAAGUUGACCUCAGUCUUCCUCACAUUGUCAACUUCCUUCAACUGAUUGAAGAUUAAAUAGAUUUUCCCUCCUAUCACAUGUUAACGACCCUCCCCUUCUCCUCCUUUCACUCUUCAGUCGAUCUUAUCUCUCCCUGUUAUCUCUCCUCCCUCACUUGAAGUUACUCAUUCCCUCAGUGCCCUUCAGACUUCUUCUCCUCACACCCAUUCCUCCCCUCCCAUCUGUGAAGUCAGGCCUCUGUGUGCCUCUUCCUUCACAGUUUCACUCUGCCUGAACUUACUGUCUGUAUGGGACUACUUCUUUCCUCUCUGGAGUAAAACUAUGGGCCUGGAUCUGGACUAAAGGAGACAUUUGAAUUCAUCAGGGUUUUUUCUUUUUUGCACUUCUUUAUUCACACCUUUGGUUGUUCUUCUUGGUGGAUUUCACAUCAGUGUUUUGAGAAUGGCAGCCCCACCACUUCUCCUGUACAUUGACAGGUGAGAAAUGCAAGGCUCACUACACCUCAGUGUUUUCCUUUUCCAGUAAGAUACAGAUUUGUUUAAAGUUCAGCUUUUCCUCUAAACAUCCUGCCCUUUUGAAUUGAUUGUUUGACUCCUACAAAAGCAGCUCUACGCCCUGCUCCUUCUGCUCUUUCAUGAUGGGAAAGAGACUCGGCGUACUCUGCUUUCCCUCCUCUUGUACCGGCUUGUUUAGGAUUUCAGAGCCAGAUCUCCUCUUUGUUAUUUGAGGCGUAGUUGAACCUCUGGGAGCUCUUAUCACCUCUCUGCACACACAAGACCAAACACAAGGGUUUAGAAAUCCUAAAUAUUCUGCAGAGACUCGACUACAAACACUCAGAGUUUGAACCCAGGCUCCUCUGGCAGCCCUCAUGGAUGUUCUGGCUGUUCCACUUGAGCAGUGGACCAUAGCUGCAGCCAUUCAGCUGUCACGUUGAGGCGCAUUUGGUUGCUCUGAAUUCAAAUCAUGCUCUUUGUUUUGUGGAAGUUUGUUUGCUAGUGUACAGGAGGGCUAAAAAUAUGAUGUUAUAAUAAAGCCUGGGGUUUAAAGAGCUCAAAGUUUAGUCUUAAAGUCAGGCUCUGCUGUGUAAAGAUGGCUCUCAGGUUAAUCUUUGCAGGAUUGUUUUUAUGGCGGUUCAGGGGUUACUCAAGUUCAUCUUCCUCCUGCAGUUCAAAGCCAGGUUACAGUAUCUUUUCACAUCAGUGUAGUUGUACUUUAAAGAUGUUUUUCUUUGAUUUUGAUUUUAACUUGUAAGAAGUCCUUCAAGAUUUAUGUUUUUACUUUUGACUGGUGAUUCCAGACGGUUCAAAACACCUUUUAACAAACACAGAGAAAAACACAGUAAGAUUUCAUUAUUUACUUCUUGAGCUUUAAGUCGACUUUUGACCCCACAGCUCUGCAAGAUGCUCCCAGAUCCCGGCCUCACUAUUGUGAAACUCUGCCCCUGACAUACUGAGGUCAUACUGUACUAUCACUUUGUCAGCUGUUAGACCCCUUCAGAACUCUUUGUUCUGGUUUCAGAGCAGUAAGCCUUGUUUCAUACAUGUUGUUAGAGGUACAUGAGUUGACACACUGAUAACAGCUUUGCGGUACGGCAACAGUGGAAGAGGGUGCCAGAGUCUGUUGCUGAAAUGAAUUGGAAACAUAAAUCUGACUGACAUAAAAACUUCUGAUGUGAGCAGAAUAUCGUCUCUUUGGAUUUAAAACAGAAAUUUAAGUUUUUAAAUGAUCUGUUUCCUGUUUUUUCACUCAUCGGCCCUUAAAAAGAACUCAAGCUCAGUCGUAUAGGAGUUACGUUUGUGCACGUGCAGGAAUGCUCUGAUAGGAAUGCCAGAGAUCAGUAUCCUGGCGUAAAACGUCAUUUUCUAACUGAUUAGUGUCAGGUUUAUGAAGCUUGAUGUGAUGCCUGAUGGGUUUCUGGCUGUUUCACGUGUUUUCACUGAAGACGUUUCAAGUGCAGGAGAGAAAAAAGUAUGUUUUUCACUCAGUCUCCAACUCUUCAUCUUCCUACACUACACCGAACUCUGUGUAAGCAGUACAAACAGCCUCCACCUGCAGGCUUUGACUGAAGGAUUUAAGAUCAUUUCUGAUGCAUGCUUUUCUCUGCAAACACCAAUAUUGCGCCAAUAUCUUUAUGUACGCCUCUUCAAAAGAACAAUUUGAAAUAAAUUUCUGCAGAUUCAGGUGCAGAAAAGCAUCACAAGUUCAACUUUGGGCCAAGAUGAGCAUCAGUCAUGUACAAGCUGAUAAAACAUUGACAGUUGGAGUUUAAACCCAACGGUAAACCUUGAGUCGAGGUAUUUUAUCGUCACCUCACUGGUUGUUACCUGUCAGAAUCUUGUUUCUUUUGUUUCCUCUUGUUUAGAUUAGCUUUAGAGGUUUUUUGCUCUUUUUAAUCUUCUCUCUUAACUGAAAUUUUCUGUCUAGAUUGUCAGCCCGCUGAUGGAUUUUCUUUGAAAUUGGCUUGAUAAAGCUGUUAUUGAAAUCUGAACACUUUGCUCUUCAAGUGCAGCACGCUUUUUGUGCUUCAGCCUUUUUCUGUGUCUCCUCCUUGAAAAGAACAUUUAAUAAAAACCUGCUAGUACUUUCUCCACAGCCUCUCUUAGCACACCUGUCAUGUGCCGGCUUUUAACAUCUACGCAGUCACUCCACUUCCUCAUUAAAGGCUGAAGUCAGCCACAGAAUGAGGAAAUACCUCCCUCAGCUAGUACCAUCUGUGUGUACUCCAGUGUCUCUGUUUGCAGAGUGGAAAUAUGCGGCAGUGAUGUGAAACAUGCCACCAGCAGGGAAGCAAGAAAGUAAAUAAUGUUUAAGGUGCGGUGCUGGAUAAUGCAUUCACAUGUUCUGGCUGCACCUGUACAUGCACACCUUUUUGUGAAGAAAAGUGUAGAGCCGGUUUUUGUGAAACAUGAGAGGCUCAUGAUUCAUGAAGAGGAUUGUGCACUUGGAGAAGCAGACUGUUGUCUCCGGGCUGAAAGGUAACAGAUUAUCUGAUGUCCUGACGCGCAGCAGAGAGACAAGGUUAAUGUGUACCUGUGUUCGGUUUUACAUGUUAACACUGUGAGUGUGAUCAGCUGACCCGUCUUUGACUUUGACUGCUCACUCUGCAGCUGACUCUUGCUUAUGUUUAUCAGCCAUUGCAUAACAGGCUUUUACAGGGAUAUAACAUGCACUCAUGCAGCUUAAUUUUUUUACACUCACAGUUAUUUGGUUUGAGGGAUUAUUUGUAUUUGAGAUAUUUGAAUGAAAGAGUGGAGCUGCAACAGCUGCAAGUGGCUCACAGAAGCUUCAUUCACAAAUUCUCUACACUCAUGAAAACUUUGCACUUUCAGAAGUGCAGUGCUCAGAUUUUCACACCACACUUUUCCUUUUAAAUAUGCAAAUGCAACAGCUGAUUUUGUGCAAAACUUUUAAGCUCCGAUGGAAGCUCGUCUGAGGACAACUGAGAGAGAGAGAGAGGGGCCACUGGUGACUCCCACCCCUAAUAAAAACAGACUUUGAGAUGGAGGCAGUACUGAUCCCAAAAGCACUGAUCCAUGCAUUAAUGUUAUUUUACACCAAAUUGUACCAAAAAAAAGAUCUUUUGCACAUGGAUUGUUCACAGAUUUUGCACCAAUAUGAAAAUGCAUCACAAACUUAGGGGUUGCUUCCUUUAAUAAGUUCAGUGACUCUUUUUGGCCUCAAACAAUCGUCACCCCUCUGAUCCUUGUUUUGUGAAAGUAGUUGUUGAACACAGACUGAAGGCUGUGUGUCUAACUGACAGCUGUUUCAUAGACAAACACAGGAGCCUGCAGCAGACAUGGUCUGUUAUCACCGAAUGAAGCCUUCAGUCUACGACCUGUAGCUGCGUUUGCUCUCAUCUUGUCAGCUUGUUUCCUGUCAUCAACACCCAGGAGGCAACCAGAGAGGUCAGGACCAGCUGUGUAGGCUAAAGGUCGGUUUGAGAAAAAACUUCCACCACUCCAGGGUCGACAGGGACAGAGGAGUGCGGUUUCAGCACAGCUUGUUUAACGCUGAUUUAUGCUAAUAAGAUAAACUAUCUCUGGAGAGUUACAGUCACCUGAUCAAGGUGAGCUGUUUGUAGAUGAGAUUCAGCUCAGACAAACACAGGAUACAGACCCUUUGAUGUUACAGCAGCCUGUUUAUGUCACAUGACCUGGCCUGGAGAGGCUUUUUAUCUGACCCUUUAUUCCUGUCUUUUCACAGCUCCCCUCUAUUCAGGCGUCUAAUUAAAGCCCCCGCUAACAGCUCUGUGAAAGCUAAUGAAAGGCAUAGCUUUCUAAAUGGUGCUGUGAAACCUGCUGGAAAGAGAGGAGCCUUUUCUGCUGCGUUGCAUGUGGUUUUUAACACCAGCUGGUUUCAAGCGUUGGAGAGCAGACAGUCCGGCAGGAAUGUGAAAUGAAGAGAUUUAAUUAUUUGAUGAUUUUUUCAACUUUAUGGCAGAUUUAUUGGUUGAAACUCGCCGUUAUUUUGCCUGCAGGUGCCUCCUGCUGUUUAAUUUUUCAUAUUAAGAAUUACUUCAUAAAAGCAUCAUGCUUUGCUUUUAUAGACCAUUAAAAGACCUUAAAUCUCUCACUGAGGCUUUAAAACAAUGUGAAGGAAGGUUGUUAAAAUGCUCCUCCUGUGUUUCUGCUUUCACAGUUAUUGGGAGCCUGUCUUUUUGCAGGGGUACUCACACUCUUAACACACCUCUGCAGGUCCCACCAGUGACCCAGCAAACACUGUAAUCUUAGCUCUGGGGUGCAAUGACCAUAUUUAUUUGUCCUCCAUCUCUCCUCAGGAGCUUGUUUGCCAGGAGGCUGAAGGAGAGUCGACCGGUGGAGCAGAGAGAUCCAGGCUGGAAGCUGUUUGGAAAAGUCCCACCACGGGAAACUCCCACCAAGGACCCGAAGAGAAUCCAGAAGGUAGACUUUUAAUUGAAGUCACUGUCACAUCAUACAUGAAGACCACCAACUUAAACCUCUGAUUAAGAAAAAACACAAGACACAAGGUUAAUGUGAGAUAGUAUACACAAAAAUAAACAAAAAAAAUGACACAUUUCCAUUAAAAACAUGUUGUUUUCUGCAGUUCAGUUAUAGAUGAAUUUUAUAUCGAGCCCUCAUCGCUCCCUCAGGCAAAUGUUUGAAGCACUGCUCUCCCCUCCAACAAAUAUUUGUCGAACGAAACAACAAGAGUUUUUUUGUUUGUUUACAGACUGUUUGUUUGCUUUUCUGUGUUUUCUGUCAGAGCUGAUCAGCUGAGAAUGGUUCAGGGAAGAGCUUUUGUUCUUUUAGUGUGAAACAUACAAGAUUAAUUUAACGAAGAUUAAGAAAAUCCAGAACUUUCCUCUAUUUUCCUUUUAUAUGUUUUAUCAACUUCCUUCUUUUGAUUCUCAUGUUUUCUGUUCCCAGGCUCUAGGCCAGCCAUUGUGCAAAAAACUCUGUGUGUUCGAAUUUUGUUUUUCUGGCCUCGCUCUGGCCCCUCAGCUGUGGUUUGUGUUGCUGCAAUCACUUGUGUUUGUCACAUGUGGUCCACCUGAGCAAGAGGGCCAGAUGGUUUAAGUGUGAGCAAUCAAUGACAGCUUUAUAAACCACAACACUAGCCAGCUCUGUGAAAUGUGGUUACAGAUUUUAUAUGAAAAUGUUGAAUGGUUAUGGAGGCUUUGAUUCAGCAUGGGAGGUGUUCAGGUUUCUGUUUGCAGUUCAAGUAGUGUGGACUUGUAAUGUGUCAGCAGGAUUUAGUGUUUGUAGGAGAAGAGCCUGUAUGGAGAGCAAAAACAGGGGGAAUGCUACAUACUAUUUUUUAUCAGCAGGACUCAAACAGGAUUUUACUAUCCUCCAUAAGUGUAUCUAUCUGUUCUAGAUCAGAAACUUUGAAGGCAUGAAAUAUAAAACACAGUUGUAGGCCUGAAAUGAUUCCUCGAGUACCGCGAUUACAAAAAAUGAUCCAGGAAUUUUCCCUGCCUCAAUACUCGUUUAUAAGCUGAAAUCGUCACUGUUUCGCACUAAUUAUUUUCAAGGUGACACAACGCGCGGACGUCAUCACGGCAGAAGGAGGAGUAAGCAGGUUUUGGUUUUGCGGAGCAGAAAAAAUGAAUAAGAGGGACUUUUCUUUUGCAGAGCUCCAGUAGCUCAUUAGCAAUUCACCUUUGAGUCGUGGGCGGAGACAGCGCUGCUCUGCACACUCCUAUUCACGCUCCUCUUUACGCUAGCUUGCAGCCUAACAUUGUCGAUGAAGUAGCAGAAAGAGGUAACAUAGGAGCCAUUCAGCUUUCAGACACUCAUGUCUUUGGGGACAUGAUGAAAGUUAAUGUCAUAAUUAGCUUUCUUACAAGCAUUACAAACUGCUAACGCACACACUUGUUCCGCGAUUGUCCUCUCUAUUUCUAUGAAGUCUGGCCUUCAUAGCGGGGCUUCAGGGGCGGAGCUUGGUUUUGUGACGUAGAAAUUCUCACUGUAUGUGAGCCUGCCGUUUGGGUCCGAUUAGUUGAGUAAUCGGUAGAAUACUUGAUUACUGAAAUAUUCAAUAGCUGCAGCCCUACACUGUUGCACUUCUUGGAUGCUUUUCAAAGUAAGAGCCAGAUCUGUUUGGUGACUGCCCUCAUUUUCUCACUUAUUUCUGAAUGUGCUCCCUGGAUGGCUUCACGUAAAUAAAAUGGCCUAACUUGCAAGAUCUCAAAAAAUAAAACCCUUCUUGAUUCCCUGAGCUUAACCCUUUACCAAUUGGACUUUUGUGUACACGAGGAAACAGUGUGUCUUGUGGACAAUAACUCCAAAACAUAGAACUAAAAGGAUGAGAGAGGGCAGGCAUGGAAUGCAAAAAUUAAGUGAAACUUCUCCAAAUAUCAAGUGGACUAAAUGAUUAUGGUUCAGUGGUAUAUUUGUAAUUUCUUUUGUGGUUUUGGAGGCCUGUGUUUCAGAGCAGCUGUUGUUUAAAGGUCAAAUGGAUGAGAAAAUGGCUGCAAUACUGUUUAGCAGAGCUUAUUGCUGAACUCUGGGGAAAACAAAGACCAACAAGUCAUAAGUGUUCUGACUCAGCACAGAUAACAGGCACAGUGUGUUAUAUAACAGAGUCGUCUUAAUUAUCGAGAACAUUAUGUAGUGACGGGCUGUUGCCAGGUACAUUCCCAGGUGUGUUCUGAAAUACCUGUAACACAACAACCUGAACACUCCCAUCAGUCACAUUGAAGAUCUUUUGCUACUAUUAGAGGAUCACGUGCAGAGAAAACCAGCGAGUCAGCACUUUUUUCACAGCAGUUCUUCUAGAAACACUGAAUCGCCUGAUCACUUUUAACAGACUUAAAAUCUAAACCUUUUUGCAUUUGAUAUAAUUAUAUAACUCUAAUUCCAAAAAGUUGGGACACUGUUCAUUGAAAAAAACAAGAUGGUUUGCAAAUCCGUUGAACCUUAUAUAUCAUUAGACAAAGUGCAGCACAACAUAUCAAAAAUGAAGUUAAAACUUAAUUGGUUUAAAUGUGCUCAUUUUAAAUUUAUCACUUACCACUUUAUUGUUUACUCAAGGCGUAAAUUUUAAUUAUGGUCAAACAUACCGUAUCAUUUCUAAGAAGUAAUAAUCAUUUUGCACUGCAGAAGCGGUGGUUCUUCUGACUAAGUGUCUCGGUCUGAUUGUAUUUCCAUAAAGUAAUAAUCAUAAAUGUUCUUCCUUGGGCUGCGAAACUCCGCUGCGCUCAGUGAUCGACUCGUCAGGGCUCCCCCAAAAACAGGUGGCUGCUGGAGGAGAGUGGGUGAGUUGUGUUUGGUCUCUUUGCUAAAGAGAUUAGGCAAAGCUAAGAAUAUUUUUUGUGGCUAGUGCUAUGGCUGGGACGCUGUAUGUACUGUUGCAGAAGUUAGGUGCUGUUCUGAGCAUUAUAUGUGGCUAUAGAGUGGCUUUUUGGUUGAGGUUUGCGGGUGGAGACAAAGAUCGCUGUGUAUUGCUAUCGUGCGGUCGUUAUGAAAGUUGGUAAAACUAGAGAAGCAAGCAGUCGGCAACAUUCACCUCUCGAGGGGGUGUCUAACUCGGUGUUAUGGUGUGUUUGGCCAUAACUUAAAUUUACGGCGGAAUAUCCCUUUAACAACAACUCUGUAGGUGUUAGGGAUCCACAAAGACCAGUUUCUGGAGUUAUAGAAGUGAUACAGGGUUUCAGCUGCUCAACACUUCAAGUUCCUUUUUGCUUUGAUGUUUUCAGCACGAUGCGUAAAAUGUAUUUUUCUAUUGGUGACGAGGUGGAACUGCAGGCAGGCCAGCUUAACACUAGGACUCUUCUACUACUGAGCCAUGCUGUUGUAAUAUUCUGUUGCAGGAUAUGGUUUGGCAUUGUCAUACUGGAAUGUAAAAGCCUUGUCUGGAUGGCCCCUAGUCCAUGCUCCAUAACCUGUAUACAUAUAGCAUCAAUCGUGCAUUUCCAGAUGUUUACUUCAUCCGUGCUUUGUGCUCUCAUACAUCCUCAUACUAAAAGGGAUGCUGGUUUUCGAGUUGUACACUGGAUGAACCAUCCAUAAUCAAUCUUUGCUGAAAGGACCCCCUGUGCUGCUGACUAGGCAAUGCAUUAUCAAUCAAUGAGGGUUUGAGUAGGUGAUUAAAAAUUAUUCUUAAAGUGAAUACAUAUUUGCAUACUGGGUGGUUUUCAGUUUUCCCUGCAGUCCAACUCUGAAGGUGUUUGAAGACAAUAAUUCUUCCUCAUCGGUCAGACUGGAAGCUUGGGGGCUGCAGGAGCAUCCCCCUGAGCAUGUGAUGCAGUGUUUGUGUGCUGAAAUUCAAAAUGUCAAGGUCUUUGAGAGCCCUUUGUUAGGCAGUCAGCCAGUGCAUGAACAACGGUACCACAUUUUCCAGAAAACAGGAAGGCAAAUAUCCAGAGUAAAGAGCUCGACAGCUCCCUGCUGGUAAAACAGACCAAGGAAAAAGAUGGCAGCCUGUAAUCAGAGCCUGUGGAAACCUGUUAUCAUGCCACCAUUGACCCUCUGAAUUGCACAUUAACAGCACAAAGAGCACAGACAAACAGUCGACAAAUCUGCGCCCCGGCUUUAAAUAGUCUGUAAUGUUAAAUAUCUUGUUCUAGUUGUUGGUUUGAAUUCAUACCCUCAGGAUCGACAUACAAACACUCACACACGCACCCACACCUUAACUUCAUCUCGCGUGUGGUUGUAACCUAAUAUCAGACCUCAGGAGUCGGCUAACACGGCUCAGCUUACAACCUUUUGUCUCGGCUCUGACGCUGCAGUUUAAAGGCGGGUUUGUAAACCUGUUUGUGUGUGUGUGUGUGUGGGAGGGGGGUUGCUUUAUUUGCUUAAGUUAUUGUUCAGCUGCUAAAAGACAAAGUGUGAGUUAUUUCCACCUGCAACCUUUUCCCCCUCACAGAGGAACGCUGUGGAUCCAGUCCUAUAAUGGGAUUUACUGGCUUCGAGUUUCUGUGAGUCUGGGGAGGCCUUACUUUAAUACCUGCUGAAAAAGUAAUUAAGUAAGACAUUUGUAACCCUGCUGGGCCUCUGAAUCACUCUGUGGCAGCCCAGGCAUGUCUCAGUAAGUGGGAUAUUGAAUUAAAAUUGGACAAUAAUCCCGGCAGGAGUUUGAAUUUUAAUGCAGAGUCAUUUCAAAAGUUUCUACACAGGAAGAAAGUCUGAAUUCAACACUCAGAUGGAAGUUUUCAGCAUAUUUUUUUGCAUUGAUGUUUAUUUUAAUAUGAUUGAUGAAAGAUUGAUCUAAUCAGAUAUUAUUAGAGUUCUACGUGUUAUAAUAAUGCCAUAAAUCUAGGCAUUAAUGUAAGAUAUCAAGUAUCACUAUCCUCAGCUGCUUUUACAGUUCUGACCAGGGAAGCUGAGCAGCUGAAACCUGAUCCGUUACUCUGAGGUUGAUUACAAUGCCUGCCAGGACCCAGCAGAGUGCAGAGCUCCUCUCAGUGCAGGGAUGGUGACUAAUAACACACGGCGGUGCUGAUUUGCUGACACACAAGCGCACACACACACACACACACACAUACACAGUCACAGAGCAGCAGAGAUAGACCUGAUGCAGAGCGGCUCAGAGUAGCGUCACUGCUCAGAGAGAUAGAUAGAGGGGGGUGGAGGUGAUAGAGGGGUAUCAUGCUGCUGCUGCUGCUGCUGCAUCGUUUCCAAUGCGGGGUGUGUCCCUCUGUCGGCAGCCUGUCUGUCCCUCUGCCCUCCUUUUUCACCUCCUCUGUCUCCUCCUCCUCGCGCUGUUCUCACUCCUGGGUAUAUGGUUGCCAGGAGUGAGCCCUCAGGAGCAGCAAUGACGCUAGGCUAAGGUUUUGGAAACAACCCCCCCUCCCCAUCCCACUGGAGGACUGCUGGUCUGUAAGGAACUGCAGCGUUCAUGGUGAGUGAGCAUUUGGAAAGCGGGUGACCCACUGUCUCUCUCCUUGUCUGGCAGAAUCAGAGGGCAUCAGUAGUCGGAGGGUGAAAGAGAGGCAGCCGAGGAGGAGGACGGCUCGGGUUUCACAUAAUCGCCUCUUUCAGCUCGUUGUAGCUCUGCGCUUCGUGCCGGGGUGACGAUAGUCAGGAUGUCUCUGGAAGGAUGAAUUUGGUGUUUAUCCAUGUAACUCAACCAACUUGGUGCUCUCACACUGUCGCACGUGCACCUCUUUUCUAUUUUGGCUUUUUGAAGCAUGUCAGGGGAUUUCCUCCUCCUUUUAUCUCUGCUGCAGUUAAAGAGACACAGCUCAUCUAACAGGGACUCUGUUAAAAAAAGGAUUAUAUCUGAGUGGUUUCUAGAGUCCUCCUGUUUAUCUGCAGAUUAAUGCUGCCAGAUCAUCAUGAUCUGACCAAAAAACAGUGCCGUCGUUGUAUGAAAUCCAUUCUGUUCUCCAGUGUCCUAUCAGAUCUUCAAUGUGUGUCAGCCUCAGUUUUCUGUCACUUUGAGUAACCAGAUAGGAUAACAGUGACACUAAAGGAUGUGCGCGGCCUACAUUCAGCAGAUCAAGUUCACGUUGAGGUUAAUUUUUCAAAGGAUGACUGUAAAACAUGUUGCGAUGGGGCUUGAGUUUCAGCCAUCAAAGUUGAUUAUUGCCACACUGUGUGUAUGUGACUGAGUAGCAGAAAGAAAUCAGUGCAUGGGCAGAAAUAACCAGUUAGACAUGCUUUUGAAUUACCACCAUUUUGCACCUCUCUGGGAGAUUUGCGGAGAAAUUGGUGGCUUUGAUGGUGGUCUUUCUGUGAAACAUCCUUGUGCGUGCUUAUGUUGAGAUUUUAGAGACUGCUGUGAAUGUAUUAUGAAGGGAAUAGAGUCAGUUCAGAUUUAGUAGAUGUUUGAGUGAGGAAGAUAAACAGAAGUCGCAUUGACCCAGAAUUUUCUCUCAUCAGAAGUUUUGACCGAUAUUUUCAACUUUUUCCUGCAUGACCAUUUCAUCCAUAUUUAAGACUUACUUUUAUCAGUUAGUCAUCACAAGUGGCCCCACGGUACGAUUUUAUCACGAUACUUGGGUCACAAAAUGAUAUAUCACGAUUUUAUCAUUUUGCAAUACAGUGAGUGUUGUGAUACAAUAUAUUGUGAUUUAUACAAUUUUUUCAACUGUUUAACUAAUUUAGCAUUUGUCUCUCCUUAUGUUUGUCUUAUUUACGCUGUAUUUUAUUGUCAUGUAGCACAUCUUGCAAUCCUUAUAUAUAUUUGUUGUACUAACUUUCACCUGCUCAAUGUCACCUCUGCCAACCUCACUGGACAAGCAGUUGAUUUUAUUUUUCCAUUGUCAUAGAUUUAACUUCAUUUUAGCAAUUAAUUUUAAAAAUCGAUACGAAAAAAUCACCAGACAAAAUAUUGCGAUACUAUGCUGUAUCAAUUUUUUUCUUCCACCCCUAGUUAGUCCAUAGAGUUUUCAGCAUAUUUAAGUUAUAUGUGGCUGUUGUUUGUGACUAUAAAACAGACCUUUUUUCACCUGUGGCGUUAUUGUGGACAGCAGCUCAGUGCACAGCCCACUAAGCCUGUUGAGAUAGCAUAAAUGUUGAACUAAAAUAGGGCAACACACUUUUGAUUCUUUCCUUUGUAAACCUUAAACUGUUAAUGUUUAGCAGAUAAAACCUAAAGAAAGUGGAGGAGCUCAGCUCAGAGCCCCCCUGACAUCCCUAUAUUUUACUUUGUGGUUGACCACUGUCCCCGAUAAGCCUACAGGAGCCACAUAUUUUUACUUUUCCACAUAGUUAGUUUGCUUUUGUUUUUACCUGUGUUAUAAAAGAUUUUAUCCACCUUGGGAGCCAGGGUGAUAUGCAGCUCAGUGCGCAGUCUCCAAAGCUAAUCCGGAGAGUUUCAAAGAGACACAUUGUUGAAAAGCUGAAUUUAGUAUUUUUACAAGUUUCAAUCACAGUAGGAGGCAUUAGGAAGGGGGGUAAGGCUAGUUCCUGGCAAAACCCUUUGAACUUAAACUAAAACAAAAAGGACCAGUUGCAGCAAAAUUUGGCAAAAGGGUCGAAACAGUAAACACAAAAAUGUCACUUUUAGACUCACUAAGUUAACAGUUGUUGCUCCUGUUUCACUAAAGUGUGAUCUGACGUCACCCGUCUGAUUAAUGACUCCUUUUAUCAUAAUCACUCAGAAUAAUGAAACUGCAGUGAAAUUUGCGUUACAGAUCAUACCAGUGAACUUAUAACCCACCAGACAAACAUACCUGCCACCUGGAAACACCGCAGACCCCAUCUGACUCAGUCACUCUUGAUUUUGAGGUGCAGUGGAAAACCCUGCAGGGCUGCCUAAAGCUGUUUCCACUUUAAAGCUGAGUUUGGCAUGCAGUGAAACAAGAUGAAGCACCCCGCUGUGGCCUUCAACUCGCAGAUUGCUUUAUUGAGAAAGCAAGGGGUGUUUUCAUGCGGUUACGAUAGAAAGGCACCAAUUUAAAGUAAACCUGUUUUAACAGCAGGGAUGAACUCUCUAUAGAUUUUUUCACACACCAUAUAAUAGUCAAGGAUUAAUGUUUGGCUGCAAUAUGUGAAUAUACAAGCUUUACAUCUUUACAUGACAUCCUCAGAGUCAUGUCUCAGUAUGUUGCUUCUCAGAGUUAUAUUUUUAAAUCCCAUAAAUCAUCAGCAGCCGAUAUGACAGCCUGUCAGUCCAUUCUGGCACCCAUAGAGCUUUCACAUCUCUACCAGGAAACUGGAGGACUGAAGUGAACGCCACCGUGAUGGAGCAUGUUACUGUAGCACGGGAAACAGUUGCUAUUCCAAACAUGCAGAGAGAGAAGUAGAGCUGAAGAGAAGGAAGGUUUUCUUUUUUUUUUACAGUAAAGUAAUCAGAGUAACUUAGCAGCGUAACAUGUAAAGGUGCUAUUGUAGCUGGUGGUUCAUGUGUAAGGGAAGAAAGAGUCAUUGUUGCUCUGGUUGUAGGAUUGGAUCCCAGUCCAGAAAGGAUGUGGGGCAUGACAUUCCACUCUGUCUCCACAGUUUCAGUUUUUCAAAAUCCAAUAAAGGCCCAAAGCCCCUUGAACUAUCUUAAAUCUAGGUUAGGAUGAUCUGGAUUCAGAAAUCCACUUUUUACAGUGCAGGAUUGGUCCACACAACUCACAUUUCUUUCAAAUCCUUAAAAGAAAAAGCGGAUUCAGUCAACCUCAUUUGUAUCAGAUGUGUCAAGAUGACCAAAUUUGGAUUUCAGGUCCUCUAAAUGGGACAUAAUACGGCACACUUUUUCCACAAGGGGAACUGAUAUCCAAUCUGAAAUCCUUAAGUCAACCUCAUCAAUGAUGACAUGUUAGCAGAGGGCGCUCUUGUUGUUACCUGACCAUUGAAUUACACUCUUGACUUCAGUAAAAUAAUACAGUUUGCUACAAUCAAAGACAUCCUGAGCAAACAGCCAUGACUCUAAAACAUCAGAGAAGUUGACAAUGAGAUGCUGACAGUAUUUCCUGGUAGCAUAAUAGUUUUGUAUCUUUUGGCUGCUUAGAUGAGUUGCGCAAGCUUGAAUCAGGUAACCCCACAGCUGCAGGAGGAAGUCUCUGCUCUUUUUCACACAUUCCCUCCCUCAGACACACACCUCUGUUCAUCUUCACACAUAGCCUGUCUCUUGUUUCACCUUUUUGGUAACACCUGCAGGGCUGUUGAACACAAGCCAGAUUUCCUCUAUCCUCGCUGACUGUCUGCCCUUCUCUCCUCUGCCUCUGUAUCUGCAGUGUGCAUCCACUCUCAGGGUGCAAAGCUCCCUCUAUCCUCUUUAAUCGACCUGCAGCUGCUCCCUUGAGAAAACGUUUCUUAUAAUUCAAGCAGCAGCACAGCAUGUGCAUAUUACCUGUCCUGUUUACAGCAUAUAUAUGUUUAUUUAUGGCUUAUAUAGUAACGUUCAAUGACCCUAAUCAAACUUGAAUCAAAACAAAGCUUUUUUAAAGUUUUAAACAAAAUAAAAACCUCAACAUUAAUUCAUGUCUGAGAAAGACUUACCUUGUGUUCAGUUUGAUUUUUAAGUUCAACCCAUGUCUCAUCUGUUUGCAUGGAGGAGGCCGGCUUUAUGACCUUUACUGCAGUCAAUCUGCAAAAGGAGGGUUUUGACCUGACGGAUGGGAUUCAGUAAUGUCAUCUAUUUUUAUGUAAAGCCAACAAUCUGGACUCAUUUGAAGCAGACAUUUUUGCACAAAAUUGUAUAAGAAGUAUCCAUCAUGUUUAAUGGAGUUACAGUGAUUUACUGUACUUUUUCUGCAUGAAUACAGUUUUACAUAAAGCAUUGUCAGAGGCAUUGUAAGGUCCAGUUUCAUUUCAAAGUAAACUAGGUUUGCUUGCAACCUAUUGACCAUCUGGUGUAUCCAGAGAGUCCAAAACAAUAGAAGUUGUCACUUAAUCUACAUCCAGUUUCUAUACUCUCUCCAUUCAGAGUUUUGAAUGCCUCACAAAGAGCUGUGGUUUGUAAAUAAAGACACGCAGACUUACUCAUUACGUCGGACUCUACAAAUAAACCAUUAAGUUUUUGUUCACAAACACAAAUGUCAGCCUUUGUUUACCAAAGUAUUUAAGCUGACGUCUUUAAAUGGCAUGUAUGCCGCUUAACUACGAGGAGCUUUCUGUCUUUGUUUGCUCGACGGCUUUUGUACAGCUAAAAUUAAAUGUCAGUAAAAAGCCUCCUCAUCAGGCUCUCAAACCUCCUCUUCAGGAAAAGACGAGUAGGGUAACGUAAACACAUAAAAGCGGUCACUCCCCUCCUGCUGUGCGGCUCCGCUCUCAUCUGUCUGCUCAGUCUGAUCUCACCCAUGAGUCUGCUCCUAUCUCAGAGUGGGAGUGGGAGGAAAGGGUUUCCAUUAGCACUCUGAAGUCCCGGCCUUGCUCAUCCCCUUGUCACUCAUCAUCCCCUUCCUCCAUCCCCCUUUGAGCCACUUUGAUGGAAAAAAAAGCGUCAUUCAUACCCCCAUUAUUCUUUAUGUCCCAAAGCAUAUUGGCAUAAAAAUAUUCAAUUAUGUAAAUUCCAUAAAUUUCUGCAGUUAAGUGCAGGUUGCUCUUGUGUGGUGUCGAUUCGAUGUUAUUGCGAUUGUUAACAUUUUGCGAUACAGUGAGUAUCAUGAUACCAUAUAUUACGAUUUUUACAUUUUUUUUCAUCUGCUUAGCUGAUUUUAGCAUUUGUCUGUCCUUCAUGUUUGUCUUAUUGACACAAUAUUAUAUUUUCAUGUAGCACUUCUUGCUAACCUCGUGUUAUUUCCAUCUCAUUUGUGCCCUGCUUGCAUUCUUGAUAUCCUUCCCCUGGUUCCGUUUGUUGGAAAAUUUUUUUCCUGCUCUAUCAUGUCAUCUCUGCCAACCUCACUGGACAAAAAAAAAUAUUUCAUUUUUCCAUUAUCAUAGAUUUGACUUCAUAUUAGCAAUUAAUUUGAAAGCAUUGAUACUUGGUGAAUGAGACAAUACAAUAUAUCACCAGACAAAAUAUCGUGAUACUAUGCCGUAUCAAUUUUUCUCCCACCUUAUGGUUGCAGGUAACCCCUUACUCUUUAAUAGUAGGUUUUGUGGUCCUUUUAUAAGGCACUAAUAAAACAAACUCAGUCAGAGGGAAUAAGGUGAACUUUGAUCCACAUUCAUGCGAAGCACGCAUGCACUAUUAGAUAAAUUACACUGCCAUAAUUACCAUAUUGCAGCUAACAGCAGGGACAGGGUUGAACUUUUAAUCUACGCUGUGACACAUGGAAAAGGUCCAAGUUCUCUAUGUUCAGAUACUAGGUUAAAGAUAGGCUCACUAUUUUGAUGGUUUGCGAGUCAUUCAAACCCUGAAUUUCCCUAAAAGAGAGAGAUUUUUGAUCAGGAUUUUGUUUUUACAUUUCAAUUUUAAUUCUGGGCUUUUUGUAUCUUAAUUUGAGUGUCCAGGACAGAGGUCUGAAUUAUCGGUUUCAUCAUCAUUUUGUGUCUCCUCAGUUUAGGUAGCAGGGCUGUAAUAUAUUCUAAAUACUUGGAAAAAUCUGACCGUCUGCUGUUUUCAUUCUUCAUAUUGUAGUAUAAUGACCUUAUCUUUAAACUGAGAGCACCGUGGUGCCUCAGAACAGCUGUUAGUGAUUCCUCUGUUGUUUUACGAUACCUUUAUUGACCUUGUAUAAAACUUAGCUCACUGAACUGCUCCAUAUUUCAAGGUUACUGCCUUUAUCAUUAAUUCAUGCAGGUUUUAUGUCUUUUCAUGUCUCUUUUCACACUCCUGUCCUGCCCUCCUCCUCCUCCAGCACAAAACAUAGUCUGAUUCAAUUACGUUUAUUUGUCCCUGAAGGCUCAUCGAGCGGGCUCUGCUGCAGCAGACGAGAACACAGUGGCUGAUUAAUAACAUGGGCGGCAUCACAAACAGCCAUGCACACACACACACACACAUAUACAAACACACACAUGCACACUUCCGCUGUGGGAAUAGAUUUGCCCCUCUGUAUUGUGGCCUGUUCUGGUCAAUGUUGACGUUUGUGUGGCAGCAGCACAGUGUUAAGCUGAUUGCCUGCAUUCUACAUUAUUAACAAACACUGGAGGCCAUUUUGGACACACUCAGGAGUGUGUGGCCUCAUGCGCUCACGUUGCACUUGUCCUAUUUACAGUAACUUCCUAAUUAACUAUUUAGACAGUGAAGAGUAGUCUCCACUGAACUGUGCGAGCUCUCUUAGCUCUCUGAGGCUGACUUUAUGUUUCAACUCAGAGCUUCUAACUCACACAUAACACUCUCGACCUGUUAGUCAGCUGAGGGGUGACCUUUUGUUAAACUGCUCCAAAGCCUGGACUCCCUCUCUCUAUAGGGCAGUUUCUCACUCCCAGAAGUUCAGCGGAGUCAUUAGACACGAGCUGACAGAAGCUCAUAGGCCAAAAGAGCGGCGUCACACUGCUGUCAAGUUAUUUUAAAGGGUUUCCGUGUGAAUAGAGGAUUUUUUACACUUGGAGUCUGUUUCUUAUAGUUGUUCUGAGGUCUUAAGGACUUAAAUUGAGGACUUUCAUUAAUUAUAAAACCAUAUAAAUCAGUUAAUCAAUCAUUUUGGGAUCUCCUCUGAGGAGUUCUGCUAAAUAAAGCUGUUGGAUGUGCCUCUAACCAACUCACCAUUUGUUCACUAACACUUCGGGUUCUUUCACCUGACAGCCUUGUAUAUAUGCACCCUGACUUUUUUGCAUUAUAAUGUGUGUGAGCCCACAGAAAUAGACCCGUGUUAUGGAUAUACACCUGCUGUAAAAUGAUAAACAGUCCUUACAUCACUCUCUUUAAAGCCACUGCUCUAUUGACAAAACAGAUAUUUUCCCUUAAAGGAAACAGACGCUGCUGCUUUACUCCUUCCUCUGUAGAAAGCAAACUCUCUGAUGUUAGUGCUCAAGUAAAAAAAAAUUGUAGUUCCUCAAAAUUCCACAAGAGGCUGUGCAUCAGUUCUUAAAAAAAUGUGCAUAUUUGGUGAAAUUGAUCACAUCUAAUUAGGGUAAGAGUAUAACUAGAUUUGUGUAAGGAGUUUUCGUCAUCUCUGUCUUUUUUCUUGGUUGAUCAAGUCAGCUUUUGGCUUUUAAACAACUUGUUAGAAACAAGCGUUACAUCACUGAGGCAGUAUUUAUCUUUUUUAGAGUCUACUGUUCAUCAUCUCUGACGAAAAGUUCUGCUUCUUCUUCUCUGUUUACUUUUUGCACUGUGUUGGGCUUCCUCACACUUACCUGUUGGCUAAAGCAGAUCAAAUGAGAAGUCCUGAAACUUUUUGUACCUGUAAGUCAUUAAAACUCAAAAAUAUUCAAAGGAAAGAAGGCCUUUUGAACAUGUGUAUCUAUAGUUCCCUCUGUGUUGUUGUGUUUUUGUCUCAAACCUCCCUAAUCUGUUUUAAACCAGCUCUUAAAUCUUGGCUCUGCAGCAUUAUGGAUAUCCUGUCAGAUCUUUUAAUGGACUAAAAAGUGACUCCCAGACCAGUUUUUCCCAUUCUUACUCCACUUUGUAUGCAAAUGUUUCAACUCUCUUGUUGCUGUUGGUGAUUUUAAACCAAAUACUGCCUGAAGACAACUGUUCCUCUCUAAUAAGUUCCUGUGUGUAAAUAGCGCCAUUUUGUUUGUUUUCAGGAAUAUGAAACAAAAAGUGGCAGAGCUGGACCCGGCAACCCGACGUCUCCCAGGAAGAGUGUGAGGAAGAACCUGGACUUUGAGCCCCUCUCCACCACUGCACUUAUACUGGAGGACAGACCUGCGUAUGUCAACACACACACACAGGGACACACACUGUUUCAGAUGUUUGGUUUGUCAGACACUCCCACGUUUUUCACCCCCCUCUCUAUCAGUAUAGUAUACUGUCAGACAAUAAAGCCUCUUCUGUUAUUUUCCUCCUUUAUCAGUUUCUCUCCUCUCUGCCCGGUCAUUCGACUCUAUUCAGUAUUGUUUCAGCUCUCUCUGUGUCUCCGCUUGUUAAGAGGCUGAAAGAGAAGUGCUGCUGAAAGUUUAAUAGCCCUCUCUGGCCUGGCUCGACUGCGCUGCUUCUUUAGUAUUCAGUUUAUGUACAGCACACAAAUGAACUUCAUCUGGGGGACACAGCGAGUGAAAUCAGUCGUUUGGUUAUCAUCAGAAAUCUCUUAAACAUAAAGUUUAUUUUCAGAUCUCUCUUUCAGAAAGGUUUGCUGCAUGCUGCCUCCUAUCUUUCCCCUCUUUACUGUCUCCCCCUGCUGGUAAAACACCUCAAAAAUAUUGUUAAAGUUUAGAGGAGUAGAUAGCAGGCCUCCAUGUGACUAUCACUCUACUCUUAAUACACUUGUCAUUAAAAGGCCACAGUUGUUAGAGCAGGUGCCCACUCAGCCCCUAACACAAUCCCAGGUCAGUCCCCUGCUAUCGACUCCUUGAUGCUUGUUCUCUCCACACUCUUAUUCCCAUGUUUCCCGUCUCUUCUCCUUAAAGUCUAUAGUAUGGAGACAAAAUCUCUAGAAUAAAACUAUGAUGAAUAUGAAAUAAUAACGAUAAUAAUAAUAAUACAUUUUAUUUGUUGUGCCCUUCACAUCCAGAGACCUCAAAGGGCUACAUGUUAAAAGCAAAGAAUCAUAACAAUAAAGGAAUAUAAAAACAGGAUAUUGGUUAAAAUAAGAACAUCUCAUGAAAGGAAAAACAAAAAGCAAGAUGAGCAGGUUUAAGAAAAGAAUGUAAAAAGGGGGAACAAAAGUUCUGCUAAAAAGAAUUGUUUUGAGUCCUUCUCUAAAAGAGUGAGUGGGUUGUAGUGCCCUCAAGGUGUCAGGGAGGGCGUUCAACAGGCUGCGGCAUUGAUAAAGAGCUGUGUAUCAUUGGCGUAACUGUGUAAUGAGAGUCCAUGAUGGCUGAUGACCUGACCAAGGAGAAUAAUGUAAAAGAUGAACAGUAGGGGGCCAAGAAUUGAUCCCUGGGGGACCCCACAAGUGACUGUAUGUAGAUAUUGAAUGGAAGUGACCAAGGGAGAUGUAUUCUGAUCUAAAAGAUGCUGGCCUCUCUAAAAUCUCUGUUGGAUUAGGCCUUUUUUAAAUCUGUGCAUGCAUUGUAGGGGUGGGCGAUAUGCUGAAUAUAUCACAUCCCUGGUUUUACAUGGCUGAAUCACCAUUCUCUUUGUUAUCAUUUUUAUGACUAUUUUGCAAGUUACUGUCCGAGACAGACUCUCUUAUUCACCUUUUUUUAGGAACAUAGUCCCCAGAAACCAGAAUAAUUAACUGUUUGACAUAGAAAAAGCUCAGAUGCACUCAGUCUCAGGUGUUUUUUAAAAAGAGUCAUAGCUACAAUAACACUCAGGCUAAUUCCACUCUUCCUGUAUAACAGCCAGUUUAUCAAGCUAGUUCAUUUUUCUUUCUUUUUGACAAAUAAUCACUUCUAUCACUGUUUAAUUUAAUAAUAAAUAUCAGAUCUGCAUGAGUUUUACUCUUUAGUAAAAUUUUAAGCAAUGAUCUCAUUAUUUCACCAAUUUUUUUGCCUAAUUUUAGAAGUAUUACAACUUCUCUUUACUCACAUACAGAAAGUCAGAGUUUGUAAACAUUUGCGAGUGUUAUUAUUGUUUAAACAUAGUGAGACUUUAAGACUGUCUUUGUGUUUACCAUCUUUGCAGUGCACUGCACGUCUGCACUCUGACCCCUCCUACUUUACCGAGCAUAAACUCCCCUUAUCACAUAUUGUUGAAGUUUAGGCCUAAUGUUUUCAUACUCGGCCUGUGCAGCUUAUUAAUUUAACAUUAGCAUGUUUACAUGGACAUGUAUGAGUCUAUUCAUGAGCCCAAAACUACAACCGAUUACGACAGGAUUUUAGAUAAUUGAUACAAGACUCUAGUAUAAAUGAUAGGUGUCAUUGACAGGGUGAUGAGAGUCAUAUUUGUCUGCAUGCUUGGUAUUUUUAUCCUAACAAAAAAAAGAAAACAGCAAAGAAAGCUUGAGAAAGGCAUACUUUUAUGUGUUUUCAUGAUAUUAUUAAAGGGUCUUUAUGUAUAAAACCAAAGUGGAGCUUGCACAAACUCUUGUUUCAGUGCUAGUUACCAGCUCUAUAAAAUGUGCAGACAGACUGGCUGUAUGACAUAUGUUCUUAGAGUAAAUAAAUAAGCUCCUGCUCCUCUGCCUGUAUGUGCUUCUUCACGAUGUACCACACAACCCUCCUCACCAUGAAUAAUGUAAGUUAAGCUCAGAGAACAAACAGCCUUUAACCCUUUCUCUACAUCUGUGUUUGUGUAUUACAGUAAUCUGCCUGCAAAACCAGCAGAGGAGGCACAGAAACACCGACAGCAGUAUGAGGAGAUGGUGGCCCAGGCCAAGAAGAGAGGUGAGGACCUUUUUUAAACCCAGAGUCAAGAACCUGUGUGGUUUCUCUCUUUGGUGUGUGUUGAUCCACUUCUCCUCUUUCCUCUCUGCAGAGUUGAAGGAGGCUCAGAAGAGGAAGAAGCAGCUGGAGGAUCGCUGUAAACUCGAGGAAAGCAUCGGGACGGCCGCCCAGACCUGGAAUCAAGAGAUCUUACCUAACUGGAGUACAAUGUGGGUAUCCAGGAUGUCCGAGUUCAGACUGCAGAAUUCCUAACCUUAGAAGUUGCACAGUAAACUAAAGCAGCCUCUGGUGUGUUAACCAUUGACCGCCUGUAUCCCUCUACUGCAGGUGUACAUCUCGACGGGUCAGAGACCUCUGGUGGCAGGGCAUCCCUCCAAGCGUCCGAGGGAAAGUGUGGAGCCUGGCUGUGGGCAACGAGCUCAACAUCACACACGGUACGUAAGAGUGACUGUCUAAGAUGGUGAUGCAGCAGUGGAGUUUGAUUAAACAGGACAGCACACGCUCGCACACACACACACAGAUUCGUGUAGCAAUUAGUCUCAGUGUUUCUGUAAUUGAAAACGAAGAGUAAACAGCAGCGAGAUAAAAAAACAAGACGAAGAAAGAGUGUCCAUUUAAAGAGCAGCACGGCUCAGUGAUUUCCCACAGUGCAUGAGGGGAGUGCACGGCAUGGCAAUGAGUUCUGGAGACUGAACGGACACACACACAGACUUACACACACAGAAUUACACAUGCACGCACACACUCGGUGUGGAAGCACCAACUUGAAAUUGCUCAGCUAAAGCUCCUUGGGGCUCCUUGCAGAUAAGCACUGGCUGGUUGACUGCUGAGCUGGCUCUGCUUUGUCCUGCUCAGCCUUUUAAAUGGAGCACAGAGCUGUGCAUUAUCACUUCACACACACACAUACACACACUUGAAGCUCAUUCCUCUUUAGAGUGGUCUAUCCUCUCUUUAGUAGCAGCUCAGUUACAGAUUUGUCCCAUUUUUUCCUAAAGUAGUUUUAAUACUGCGGCUGAUAUUACUUCAAGUACUUCUGUGUUACUGUGUUGUAAAAAUUCACAUUAUAAAGAAUCUGUGUGUUUCCACAGAAUUAGGGGUGGGUAUUGGCAAGGACCUCAUGAUACGAUACGUAUCACGAUACACGUGUCCCGAUACGAUUCGAUACGAUACAAUACAAUAUGGCUGUAUAUUUGCAAGGACCUGUAAAUGAGGAUACUGAUCCAAGGACAAACUGAGUCAAAACUUUGUUUCAAACAACAAAUACCAUUUUAAUUGACUGCAUAAGUGCUGCAUCUUACCGAACAGUAAAAAAGUAUGUGGAAAAUAAAGUGCAAAACAAAGUACAUAGUAGGGGUGGGAUUAACCAGUGGCCCCACGAUGAGACAUUAUGACGAUACUUGGCCACGAUACGACAUAAUCAUGAUACUUGGACCACGAUACAGUAUUAUUGCGAUUUUUAACAUUCUGCAAUACAGUGAGUAUUGUAAUACAAUAUAUUGCGAUUUAUACUAUAUUUUUUCAACUGUUUAGCUAAUUUAGCAUUUGUCUUUCCUUUAUGUUUGUCUUUAUAUACAGUGUUUUAUUUCCACGUAACACAUCUUGCAAACCUUAUGUGUCAGGUCCAUCUCAUUUGCACCCUGUCUGCAUUCUUAAUGUCUUUCCCAAGGUGCUGCUAUGUUUGUCGCUCUAACUUUCUCCUGCUCUAUGAUGUCACCUCUGCCAACCUCACUGGACAAACUGUUGAUUUUAUUUUUCAAUUAUCAUAGAUUUGACUCUAUAUUAGCAAUUAAUUUGAAAAAAUUGAUACUUGGUCAAUGAGACGAUACCAAAUAUUGCCAGACAAAAUAUCGCGAUAUUAUGCUGUAUCUGUUUUUUUCUCCCACCCCUACACAGGAUGACUUUGCGGUUGCCAUUUUCUGCUUGUUGCCAUUAAUCAUUAGGUGUGGAGACUCCACCAGGUCAGGACCUCAAUGCAGAGCUGCAUGUUGUGUCUCUGAAAGCUAAUUAUUUCAAUCCAGCGUCUCAUCAGAAAAGGAGGACGGCAGGUCAAAGCCAGGGCAGGGAGCUUUAAAUAUGCUGCAGCAAACUAAAACGUCUCCUGACAAAGAGAGGCUGAUCUUUUCCCUGUAAUCACCUCUAGUGUUCCUGCUGCAGAGUAAUGUGAAGAGCUGAAGCCUUUUAUCACCUGAAGUGGUUUCUGUCCACUCAUCAUGUUCUCCCCUCAGAGUCUCAGAGCUGCUGUGAUCCUCUCUUUCUCUCGUUAUUGACGCCUCCGCUCUGCUGUUCUGUGUCCCUGCAGAGCUCUAUAACAUCUGUUUGUCGCGAGCAAAGGAGAAGUGGAAGACCAUGCCAGCGCCCGCCUCCGAGACAGAAACUGAAGGUAGAGACUUGUCGUGAAGGUUUCAUGCUUAUUUGGAAAGUGAAGGUAGUGCCUUUUGAGUAUAUUUCAGUCUAAUUCAAACAUAAAUCAUCUCAGGGAUUGGAUCAGGACAGUCGUAAGAAAUAAAUCAGGCGUUUGAAUGCAGGCUCUGUAGAAACGCAGUUUAACGCUGAAAAGCUGACGGUCUCACAAAGCGAGUGGGUUUUACAGCAAUUAUUAUGUCUUAUGAAACAGCAUCAGCAUCGCAGGCAGCCCUUUGAUUUACAGGUAUUUUACCCAAGUGUGUUAAUAGACUUGAGGAUUUUUUGUAAAUUUACAGGUGUAGGUAGCUAGGUUGUUCAUGUAACAGGAUUUAACUUUAAUUAAGGCCAUAUGGUGGUAAAGCUAAAGUCCUGAGAGCAACUUAGGUCAGUGUGAUGGCUUCAAAACUUUCACUGAGUUUAUAGGAAAAGAUUAAAACUCUAGGCACAGCAGCACUGACCUCUGACAAUGUUUGAUUAUCUAACUGCAGAAAUAAAACCAUAACACUGAUUUGAAAGGCAUUUAAAAAAAAUCUGCCUUUCAUUAAUUUUAUUUAUUUAUUAAUUUAUUAAUUUUAUCUUGCAAAUUUUUGGAGUUGUUGUUCUACUUCUCCUCCUCACCAGUCACUUAAUGUGUUGUUGUGCCUUACAGAAAUACUCUUGUGUUUCCUAAAGCUUUCCCAUAUCUUUCAGAUGCCGGUUCCUCAGACCGGGAGUCGAGUCUGGAGCUGAUCAAGCUGGACAUCUCCAGAACUUUCCCACACCUGUGUAUCUUCCAGCAGGUCAGUGGGAGGACCCUUUAACAGAAACAUUACGAUUACUUAUCCUUCAGUUUCUUAAACAUUUCUUUCAUCGUCAUCAUCAGGGUGGACCAUAUCAUGACGUGCUGCACAGCAUUCUGGGAGCUUACACAUGUUACCGGCCAGAUGUUGGCUACGUAAGUCACACACACACUUUGACACAUAACUCAGCUUUACAUCCUGUUGUGAAACCUUCACACCUUUCUUAACCAGAACCUUUGAUUCUCCUUUUCCGUGUGUUUUCUUUAAAGUCUUCAUACGUGGCUCGUGGCUUUUCUUCAUUAGAUUCUUGUAUUUUUGUGACACUUUGGUGACAUCAACUUUGACCUAUGUGUUUAUACUUUUACUUAUCAUUCGGUGCGAUAUAUUGGGGUGUCCAUGGGGUCUUGAAAAGUAUUUAAAGUCAAUUUUGUGAAAUUUAAAGCUGUUAAAAAGCUUAUAAAUGUAUUAAACACCAUCUAAUAAGACACUGAUUUCUCAAAUUUGAAGUUAGUCUUAUUUUACCUUAUUUAAGUGCAAUGACUGACUUAUGAAUAGUUUUAGUUUGGGGAUUUAGUAUUAUUUUGGCUCCUUUUGUUUCCUGUUUCCUGCAUCUACUACUGGAAGAGAGGUUAAAAUAGACUGAAAGACAUGCAUGUCUUGUUUUGCCUGUUUUACAGCUCACCUGCUCCACAAGUGAUGAGUUUAUUUUACUUCCUCGCCCGUUUUACUGCCUGUUUGUCACAGUUUGGUCCUUUUAGUUUUCAGUUGGGUGACGCAGGACUGCCCUCUAGUGGACAGAAGAAGAAAACCCUCAUACUAAUAGUUGCAUUGGCAGAACAUCCAAUGUCUGCGUUUAUCUGGAUCAAUUAAUAUAUUUGAAGCCAAAAUCGUAUCUCGGAUAUUUAAUUAUGACCUAAUCUUUAAAAAUUAAGACAGUAUAGCAUUUAAAUGGGCUUACAGACCAGGAUUAAGAGCUGUAAUGCACAUUUGUAAACAGACAGGAGAGUAGUUGCACAGUAGUACUACUUGUAUGUCUUUAAAGGUUAAAAAUGCUGGGCUCAGACUGUUAUCUCCCACAUAACACCUCCUCAAUCUAUUAUUAACACAUGGUACCAGAGUCUGACUGCGGUCAGGAUGAGUAACAGCUUCUAGUAUUCGAUCUUCCCUCAGUGUGAAGCCGAAACCUCUGACUCCGCAUUAAAGGAACUGUAGGUGAUUUUUUUACCUGACAGUUUGGAAAGAGUUUACAGACUGAUUCACACACAAACUCUUUGUUCUUGGCUUUUCCAAUCUGCAGCACUGUGUUCUCUAUCAGUGCUGACAUAUCCACAGGUGAAAGAUUUAUAACCCAGCAAGGGUUAUAUAAAUUCAUAUAAAUUCAGUUAUUCAUUUUUGAUUCUUGUAUCACUUUAGCAGUUCCCUUCCUCUGACUUACUCUUUUACAUUUAUUUUCCACUGACAAUUUUACUUCCCUUAAUUUUUUAGUUAUUAUUCCUUCUCCUUUACAUGCAUUUCUAAACUUCAGUGCCUUGGUCUCAGGUUUUUGUGGUUGGGUUUCUGCGAUGGCCAAAAGUGCUAUAUAAAUAAAGUUAUUGUUAUUAUUUUUAUUAUUAAACGCUGUUCAUUUUUUAAUUUCAUUAAUGAUUACUCUGCUACACAUUCAGAAAUGUCCAGGAGUGCAUGCAUAAAAUUUUAAUUUCGUUGUACUGGUUACAGUGACAAUAAAGGACUAUUCUAUUCUAUUCUAUUCUAAAAUGUCCCACUUAUGGAUAUUUUUAGAUAGUAUUGAUCACACACUAAGAUCCAGUGAUCUCUGGUUAAUGCUGCAGCAGUUGAACUUUUCAGGAGUUUCAUGAAAGAUGUUUUUUCAAACAGCGGCAAGUAUCUAUGGAAAGGGAAUUAGGGCCACAUGAAGAGAACAUUGAUACAGGAAGGAGAUUAAAGUCAUAAUUUCGUGAUUGAAGUCAAACAUUUGAGAUUAAUAAAGUCGAAAUUAUGUCAAUUAAGUGAAUAUUUCAAGAUUAAAAUUGAAAUUUUGAGAUUACAAAAUGUCAAAAUGUUGUGAAUAAUGUUGAAAUUUCAAGAUUUAAAAAAAAAAAUUCAAGGUUAAAGUCGACAGUGAAUAGUCGAAAUUUCAACUUUUUUAAAAUUUUGACUAUAAAAAUGGAAACUUAAAAAAUCUCCCUCCUGUAGUAAUUUUUUCUCUUCAUGUGGCCCUUAUUCUUUUUCGUAGAUAUCUCGUAGUGCUUUUGCUGCAGAGGGAGUUUUGUAUGCUAACAUGAUUUCUGAAUCCUUGACUUUCUUUUCUUUUGAAACUUUUGAAAGUGAAAAGAUUUUUUGUCUCGUCUUUGUGAUUUGAGGCAAACUUUGUUCAAAAAGGUUUGAAGACUUUUAUUUUGAUGCAGAGAUUUCUGAUUAAAAAUGUCAAUAAUAAAACACUUGGGGAAGUCUGAGCUUUUGCCGUGUUUAAAUGGGUAAAGUGAGUUUUCUUUUAGGUGUCAGAUCCUUCUGCAGCGGGGUGAUUGGUAAAUUUGGAAGACCUUUUUUUUUUUUUUUACAGUUUGUCGGUGUAAUUUCCAGCCUGCAAACCGCAGUUUAUUUCAUAUUUUUUUCCGUGAAUCUACUGUACGGGUACUUUCAAGGAAAGUUCCUCAUCUCGGGACUCAUGAUUGUCUGCUACAGGACUCUGGUGAUCCACUGAAGUCUCCUUUUUAAUGCUGGGUCGUUUCUCUAUAAUAUGAAAACCAUUGAUUCAGUUUACAUGCAUUGUUCAGCUUAAUAAGACUUAAAUUUUAAUUGAAAUUCUCAAAAUUAUGCGCAGUGGCUAACAGAUUGAGCUUGUGUUUGCAUUUCUGUAAGUCACAGCCACAUGUCGGUAAAGAUGCUGUGGUUCGCCCUACGCCGUCUCUGCUAAGACAGAAAUGAGUCUGACUUCCUGCACUGACCCCGACUCAUGAGCUGCUACCCACACUGAAUAUGCAUCCACCUCUGUGUGCAGGGGUUUGCUCUCUGCAUGAGUUUGCAACGAUUCAUCUCUCUUUGCAGCGACCAAAUGAGUCUAUAGACGAUCUUAAAAUGAGACGAUAUCAAGCUGUCAUUAAACAAUCGUAUAAAUGAUGCCCUAACUGCAAAAAAUAAUCUUUUGAAGGGUGUUAACUUGCAGAUAUAGAUGGACUUUUUUUAGUUUAUUUCAUAUUUGUGUGUGUGUGUGUUUGUGUGUGUGUGUGUAUGUGUGUGUUUGUGUGCAUGUGCAGGUGCAGGGAAUGUCGUUCAUUGCAGCAGUACUGAUCCUGAAUUUGGACACAGCUGACGCCUUCAUAGCUUUUGCUAACCUGCUCAACAAGCCCUGUCAGAUGGCCUUCUUCAGAGUCGACCACAGCCUUGUCAGUACACACACACACACACACAACUCUUUAGCUGUCUGGGUUUUUUUUUUGAAUCCUUAAAGGCAGGAUUUUUGUUCAUUAUUUCAGCCUUUAUUUCCACUGUGAAGCCAGAAUUUGUAGAAGAAUUUGUAAGACAAGAUAAACAAAUCUACAACGCGUCCAUCUUCGACCACAGGCGGCGCCAUAAUCAACACAAACUGGUUUCUCGACGGAGCUUAUAAUUAGUGCUAGAUUAAGAUAGUAACACAACAAAAACUCAAAUACUAGCCAGUGAUUUUGUCUUAUUAGUGGCUUUUGAAAAAUGUGUUUUUUGGCUGAAUUGAAGCCACAGUCAGCUGAAAAGUCCAGAAAAGUUUUAUUUCCAGAUAUUACACCCCAGAAAUGAGAAGUUAAUUUCUUGUUAUGUGCCAGAAGAGGAAGAAAACAUUGACUUAAAUUUUUGAUAUAAAAUGUUUUUUUUUUUAAUUUUAGGAAACUUAAUUCUGUUAUUAUUUUUUAUUUAUUUUUUAUUUUUUAUUUUAUUAAGUCAAUUGUCAGGUAUUUUUCCUUAACAGAAAAGAGUCAAAGCAUGGUAACAAACCAUGUGUGCAAGGUAAAUAAAUAAGCAGUGACUAGAAGCAGACUGAGAAAGGUCUAGCAUUUCAAAGUUAUUCACUUGAUGAUACUACUUCUAGCUUUAAAAACAGACUGUUGAGUUGAACCUAAUUCAUAGUUUCACUUUUCUCAGUUUUAAGGGCGAUCACAGAAAUUAUGAAAACCAGCUGCAAUAUUUUGUUUGAGAAAGUUGACUAAAAGGUAUGAUGAAAUCAGACGUAACGACUUCUGAUUUUUGAUGGUGAAAAUCAUCUCAGUGUUAAAAAUCAUGUGUGAGAAAAUCAGAUCCUUUAUUACCCAGAAACAGCUCUUAAAUUUCUUCCCUUACAGCUGAAAAACUCGUAGCUUUAAGUGACAAAGGAGCUCCUGGUCCAUGUCUGCCUCCAUCAGUGUUUUCAUGUCACUGUGCCCUCAGUAAAAUCUCUCUGGUUAGGUAAAGCUGAUCAACACAGAACCACUCGUCUGUCCAUAAAGUUCUUCUUAUCUUAUGACUCACACAGUGUGGUUUUUGUGUGUUUUGUGAUUGUAAUCUAUAAUCAGACCCUUCUCCUCUCCUCUGUUCUCCUAUCUCAUCUCCUCUUCUCUCUCCUCUCCUCUCCUCCCCUCUCUCUUCCAAUCCUCUCCUCCUCUCCACAGAUGUUGACGUACUUCUCCGCAUUUGAAGUGUUCUUUGAAGAAAAUCUACCAAAGCUCUUUGCACAUUUCAAGAAAAACAGCUUGACCCCUGAUAUUUAUUUAAUCGACUGGUGAGUCUCUUGAUGUCCCCCCUCCCUUUGGGACCUGAAAGUACGCUCUAAGGAAAUGAUUUGCCGUUGUGUCAUUUCACACCUUUACGUUGGUUGUCUUAUAAAAUGGAAACAUGAGUCUGUUCUCACUUUAAGCUGACACGAUUUCAGAGUCAGGUGUGUUUCUGAGAAAACAGGAUGAGCUCUGUGGGAGUGUGUGCGUGCGUGCGUGUGUGUGUGCGUGUAUGUGUCGGUGGUCUUUACCCACCGGCAGAGGUACUUUCUACAUUUCUAUUUUCUCACUUCACAUAUUUAACUUUUUUCACUCCUACCAUACUAAACCCACAAAGCGGUGGUCGAGCAGAUGACAGUUCAUGUUUCUAAUUUUGUUUCUGUGCUAUGAGAAAAAUGAGGCUAAAGUUUUUCUGGUGUUUUUAUUCAAAAUAAAACACUUGUCAUAAAACUUUCACCUUUCCAUCAUUUCUCAUUUUGCUUCUUAUUUUCUUUUCGAGACAUUCGUUUUCUUCUUAAAUCAAGAUAUAAGUCUCUGCAUCACUGCUAAGAAAUAGAUCCAUAUCUGGAGUAUUUGGCUCUGUAGCUGUGUAAAUCCAGCUGACCAUUUUGUGUUUGUCUCCCAGGAUCUUCACCCUGUACAGUAAGUCUCUGCCGUUGGACCUGGCGUGCCGGGUGUGGGACGUCUUCUGCAGAGACGGAGAGGAGUUCCUGUUCCGCACGGCAUUGGGUUUGCUGCGUCUCUACCAGGAUGUCCUCACCUGCAUGGACUUCAUCCACAUGGCUCAGUUCCUCACGCGCCUGCCUGACCUCAUUCCCGCCGAGCAGCUCUUCCAGCACAUCGCCUCCAUCCACAUGACCAGCAGGAACAGAAAGUGGGGGCAGGUGAGAGCGUGUUUUUUUUUGAGGAUUUGUGGUCCUUCUAGUCCACAUUAUUUGACUGUCCUCUCCUCUGUCUUCUCCAGGUCCUGCAGGCGUUACAGAAGGAUCAGGAGCGGUGCAGCCCGGUGCUGAAGCGCUGAGUCAAACCAUCAGAAACUCACAGACUCAACCAGACAAACUGACCAGGUCAGACAAACCUCAUGAGCCUAAGAGUGUCUCUGCUCGAACUGGACCCCAAAACCCCUAAACCGGGGUCUGUCAGUGACAAAGGAGGGGGUGUGAAAAGGAAUAUGAGGCCUUAUUUAUCUCCCAUCACCCCCUCCUCUGCUUGGAGGCCCAGCAGAGGAAUUGAAAGUGUAGCUGGAGGAGGAUGAAGAAUGUAACACACUCCUACACACACACACACACACACUCACCCAUCAGGCUGGAAACCAACAUCCUGGAUGUUGAUUUUAAUUCUUUGCAUACGACACACUCUCCCACCACACGGCCCCUCAUUUAUUCCUUAAAGAGUAACACCUAAGUCCCCGUCUCUAAAAGUGAAAAAUAAGGGAGUCAAAUGAUAAAACUACACCUGCACAGUCAGAUUCAUGAAUGAAAGUCUGUCUCUGUUCUUUGUCUUUGUGCGUCUUCAUUUCUUUCUUUCCAAACUCGACUCAUUCCCUCCUGAUUUUGACCUCAGUGUGAUUUUCACUCCCUGUGAAUGUUUCUAAACAUUUCCACAACGUCAUCUCUGUCGUGGAGCAAGUUUAAAAUAAUCAUGACGAUGCACAAACACUCACCCAAAGACUUGUCUGGCGUCUCUGAGAGCGCCACGUUGUUACAUGAAAGUCAAAGCCUCUAAAAAAAAAAAGAGAGGUCCUGAGCUGCCUGUACGAUGUUUGCAGAAUAUUUAUGUCAGUGAAGCUGGAGUGGGUGAUCAUAUGACGCUGCUCUCCCUGCUUCGCGUCUAUCCGAGCUAAACGUGUUUUGACUCUUGAUUUCUAUGUGUGAGCUUGUAGUUUGUAUUUAUUUAAUAUUUAUCAGUGCAACCGUGGGACAUGAUGAACUUGGCUUGUUCCGGUUAAUGAAGGCUUCUACGUGGACAUACUUGAUUUUGACAGCAUUGCUCCUUUAAUGACCUGUGUACCUGAAGGAUUAAAGUGUUGUAACAUUCGGUAUCCUAACCCUGAAUUAUACCCUCUAUAACAUGUUUCCAUGCUUUUAACUGAACCAUACUUUAUUAAACGCACACAAUAAUGCAUUAAAGAUAGAUUAAAGGGAUAGUUCGGGGGUUUUGGGGGGUACUUGUCACUAACAAGUGGAACACCCACAGAGGGAUACCAGUCAGCUCAGCCCUUUUAUUAAGAAACCACAAGGAAUAUCUGCCCUGAAGCUUGGCUGUCAAUCACUGCAGAUGAGGUAAGAAAGGGUUAAACUCUGGUCCUGCAUGAAGACUUUUAUUGCAUUCAGCAAUGUGCAGUUUUUAUGCUGAUGUGUAGCUGGCCACUCCUCUUGAAUUGAAGUCAUUCCAAUCACACCAUCACGUCAGGAGGUGUGUUUACUUAGCUUUACCCCACUGUUAGUUUAAACUCUAACAAAGGGGGCAAAGUUUUAAAGGAACAGUGUGUCAAAAUGAGAAUUUUAUAGUGCCCCCUUGCUAACCCCUCCCAUUAGUGGAUUUAUGGAAGCCUUUGAGGACAGAAAGCUGCUGUUCUGCAGGUUAGAUCCUUCCAUCUCAUCCAUCCAAGUGGUUGAGUUUCCACCAUCACAUACCUUUUAAGAUGACAAAAACAGUAUUAAAAGUGUGUCUUCUACACUAGCGUUUAUGGCAAUUUAGAAAAACCCAAACAGUAAGCAGUAUAUUAGAAAAUUUACGGUAUUUUCCCCUGCUGUCAGAGAGCCUGUAUGUUUUUGCACUAUUCAUGGAUAUAAAACAAAGGUGUUCUUCGACCUGCAGCACACUGAUUGGCCAAUCAGGUGAUUGACACACAGGUCACUAUUGACAAGUACCUCUUACAAAAAAAAACUUAAAAAUACCGAACUAUCCCUUUAAACUUGGAAUUACGAUCAUGAAGCUGCAAAGUAAUUUUUACAACACUUCAUUGAUUCUAAUGGUUAAAUCAAUUACUUUUAUAUACAUUUUACCAUCAAUUCAAAUUGCAAAUGCACCUUAUCUGUCCUCAUUUGAAAGAUGAAAGCAGAUGAACCACAAAAAUCAUCUGCGUACUUUUUCUACAGCUGCACCUUUCCCCCAGAUCUCACCUCAAAGUGUGAAAAACCUCCGAUCAGAGACAGCACAGGAAACAUGAGGCGGAUAAAACGACGUAACAAGCUAAUCAACGAGAAAUUAAAGUGCAAAUAAUCAUUCCCUUUUGCUGACCAGUCUUAUUUGAGGAGAUUUGCAGCUUUCUUUUGAAUCUUGUGAGUUGACUAAGUACAAGUUUUGGUCCUGAGGCCGAGUAAAACAAGCAACUUGAUGACAAAAAUUGACUUAUUGAUAAAAGUUGUUGUCGUUGUUGUUGGUCCGAGCUGUGGGUGUUGUCCACAUUGUGGCUUUUGAUCUCACACAGUAGUUAAAGUGUCACUCCAUCCCGACCAUCAGAGGGUGUGAACAGGCUUCACACUUCCAUCAGGGUGACAUUUCAGAACCAAAAAGGUGAUUCUAGUGUCUUUAAACAUCGGCACUAUCUUCACAAACUGUGCUCCAGGGCUUUAAAUGAACUAAAGGUGCAAAAAGUUUUGGGUUUGGUUUCAACUCGCAGCUGCAAAGUGUCCACAAAGAGAUCAACUUUCAGGUUAAAUCGCUGUUUUUUUCAAUGGAGUUUGGUGGCUUUGAAGAGUGCAAUGCAACAACUAAUUGCACGUCAUUGUCCUUCAUUUGCACCAUGUUUCAGGUAUUGCAUUGUGAGUUCUCCUCUGCCUUUUUCAGUGAGGACAUGCAGCAAAAGGUCGAGACCUGCAGUUGCUACAAUGUAGACUCUAGCCACAAAAAUGUUUGGUUUGAACUUUCAGUGUAUUUACAGGCUGUUUUGAAGCUGUUUCCUCAAAACUUUGUUUCUCUUUGCUUCAUUUGAGACCCUGGGCUGCUGCUUUGUUAUGCUUUUGCCAUUUUUGCACAGAUCUGUUUAUCAAAUGAAGUUUGUGAAGCUGAGAGUCUGUCCCUGAAAACAUCAUAUUUGGAGUUUGUGUCCCAGUCAACCUUGGAAGAAGAAACCGUGUCUUGUUUUAGGUUCUGAAGCUGCUUCACGUGUCUUGCUCCUAAAUUUUGUGUGACGGUAUCGAGUCUCGUGUGCGUCUUUGUCUUGCCCCCUCCCCACCCCCACCCCCCGAGGAGAAAGUGAACGAGCUCUGGGUUUAAAAACAGGAAGUGUGUGUCUUUAUUAAACCAUCACCUCUGCAGCUCUGCACCGUGAUGCAGACUUGACUUUCCUAUCCCCCCCUCUCGAUGCACUCCUCCCUCCCUGCUCCCCUUUGUGUGGCGACACACCGCGAGACUGCAAUAAAGCUUUUUGCACAUUCAUGUAAGCCUUUGAGUUGUGCCUCUCAUCACCACUUUAUGUCGUCGCUCGCAGGUUAAAAUGGGUUGUCAGUUUCCCAUUCUUUAUUUUUUGUGUGUUGAAGUGAUAAUCAGCGUAGAAAACCAGCAGGACUCUGUGUUUUAUGUGUUUUGUGUGAAUGUGUGGUUGAUUUCCAGCAUUGGCUCUGUCAGAUACUAUUAAAAUGUUACAUUAAAAGUGUAUGACGCUCUACUGACACUACAAAGACUCGCACUGGAAACACUGAACCACCCACAAACUAAACCCAAUCACACUGAAUUGAAUAUUGAAUUGCAUUUUACUGUUUAAUGAUUUUCCUGAUAUGUGUAAGUUCUUGUUUUUUGUCUGUUUUGUGUUCCCCGAAGAGACCCGUGUACUGUAGAGGACUGAUAGACAAACAUGGAGACAGCAGAGGGUUACCAUGCAGCUGUAUCUCACUUGAAAUGUACAUAAACAAUGGUUUUAUUAAAAUAAAGAGCUGUACAUAUUCAGACGAGUGAGUUUUUCUUCAUGCAAAGAGGAUUUUAGGAGUUUUGGGGCUAGGAAAGGAAACCUGCAUCUUCAUAAAGCUUCUCUUUUUUUAAUUUCACGAUGACAGGAAUCUUCAGAGGUUGGAAGACUUCAAUUUUGCUGUUAUACUGUCACAAUAACCACAUCUGCAUCUCCUGCACUCUACCGCUCGACCUCUGACAAACCGAGUGGAAAGUUUUUCAUGAGGCGGCUUUGAAAACCGCAGCCUCCUCCUCCUC